CCUUUGGAGGCAAGAUGAAGGGAACUGUCAUAUUGCUCUGCUUAGCAUUCCUUUUCUACAGCUGUGACAUGGUAUCAGGACUUCCUUGGGAGAGACAGAUAUUUGGAAGAGGGUGCAUGUGUAUUAAAGAAACCAGCAACUUCAUCCAUCCUCGGCUUAUUGCCAAUUAUAAGAUUAUUCCUGAAGGAGGUCGGUGCAGAAAAAGAGAAAUUAUCAUCCAACUAAGAAACCAGAAUGUUGUCUGUCUGAAACCAGAGACCCAUUGGUUUAAUGUUUUCUUGGUUGUCAUUGGAAAAAGACGUGAACUGACAAAUGGAAAUGACUCCAAUGGACUGACAAAUGGAAAUGACUCCAAUGGACCAAGAAAUUUAUUUUAG